UGGAAUUUAGGUACGUUUCAGAUCUACUAUAUCUUUUCGUGUAUAUCGCGUUUUCUACAGUUUAUUCUACGUUUCCGGCCAUAAACCUUCGAUUUUGUGUGUUUUCCAGCCCUUUGAAGCAAUUAGUACCUACUACCGCUCCCAUGAGCUCUCUUGUUGCAACAACCACCUCCCACCACCGACUUCAAAUCCACCCAGUUGCGGGCGUCUCGCCAACGAGCAAUCGAUUGUUAUUGACGAGUCCACCUAGGCUAGAGGCGAGACCACCAAAGGCGCCCGCGCCCGGGCCCGCGCCGGGGGAGGUUGAAGAACCUCCAGCAAAACGAAUCCGACUUCUGGAUCUCAACCUACCCUCGAACCCUGAAGCCCCAGUUCCUGUAACGCCGCUACCUGCUUCCCUCGAAGCCCCUCGAAAAUCGCUACCAUCGGCAAGGCCUCCAAUCAAUGUCUCGCUCCCAAAUGGAACACCAACACUACCCAACCGGACCGACCCCGAGCGAGGCAGCUCUAGGUUGACCGUCUCGUUCCCAAAUAGACCACGAACACUACCCAACGGGAUCGACUCUAGCCCGGAUAGCUCUAAGGUGACCGCAACGGCGAAGGCGUCAAGCAAACAGACAGAGGUCAUUGUUAUAAGCGAUGACGAAGAAAUUCCCCAACGCCAGGUGGCCGUGGUUGGAAAGCCGGCGGUCCCAAGAGCACAAACACAGCCCAAGCCACGGAGGCCCGCCGUACAUGAAGGAACAGAGCCAACCUCCAAGUGGCUCUCCUCCCAAGAUAGACGGUGGCCGUACAUAAAAACGUCGGAUAGGCGGGCGAUCCUUGCUGGUAUCCAAAGCUCAAUCCAGUUACGCCCUCAGGAUCUAGCAGCGCCCGCCACUUUCCACGUGGAUUUCAAGCCCGGGGAGAUUAGCUACCUGCGGGAUCUUGCCCGUCGAUGUCUGAAGUUUCCCACAGAGAGGGGAGGGAAAGAUCCCAAAAGAGACCUCGUGAGGAUCCUCAGGAAGAAUCCACAGUUCCUCCCAAAGAUUCUGGACGCGUUUACGAGGGAAAAGCGCCUCGCUUUGAGAACCAGGGCCGAUGUCGAGAAUCUCUUCCAGGAUCUCCUCGACCAAAGGUCUGUUUCUGAUACUCUUCUUCUCACCGUGCAAACAGCCGACUACGAUGAGCGAGACGACCUUGUCCAGUCAAGCCGACUUCAGUCUCUGCUGUUCGCCAGAUCGAUUGCCGGACAUCGUGGCUUCGGAUCGAUGAGAUCCUUCGGACAUUUCAACAACGAGUUCAAGAAGUACCGUGAAGAUGGCCUUGAGAAGGUAGCAGAAUGGACCGGUUGUGCAGGCGACAUUGCAACCAUCAUUUGGGUGUCCAACGAUGCCUUCAUUUGCGGGACAACGGAGCAUUCAGACUCCCACAACCAGCAGUACAACAAGCCCGGUAACCUCGUCAUGGGUUCUUGCAGCCAAGGCACGCUUCGUGCGUAUCCCGAGCAUCGAAUCGUCCGGCCCGUUGUUCCAGAAGGAGAAAACUCAAGCGAGGCCAUGAGACGGAGUCAGGACCCCUGGCUUUACUCUUCCGUCGUGUCGUCCGACUAUGACGCCGUGCACGACCGGGCCUUCACGUCUUCGUUCGACCGGACGGUGAAGGUUUGGAGGGUCGAGAAAGCCGGGAGCUCUAUGACGCUCCUAGGCGAGUGGAGCCAUGAUGGAAAUGUGAACUUCGUGGCUGCUUCUAAGCACAAGUCCGGUAUGGUUGCUACGGCUGCUGACGUGGCGUCCGAUGCCGUCCGCAUCUACAACGUCAACGAGACCGAUAUCUCGGAAAGCACCUUCCAAGCGUAUUCUUGCUCUCGCGUAACCGAUGAAGAGGGCAACACUGUCUCCACUGAGAAGUGGGCUUACUUCCCUGCCACCAUGCAAUGGGGUCUUGCGGACAGCGUGAAGCACAUGCUGCUGGUUGGCUACUCACCGAGAAGCCGGACGGAGGACGACUACGACAUUCCGGAGCAGAGGCGGGACACCGGCGAGCUUUGCCUAUGGGAUGGUCUGACAGGCGAGAGAUGGCGCGUUACCUCGGCGACGACACAGAACGUCUUUGAAGUGCUCUGGCACCCGAACCAGCCGUGCUUCAUUGCGGCCACAUCGCCGCUGGGCCUGGAUCUGGCGCCUAGUGUGCGAACCCAGAUCAGGAUUUUCAAGCCUGCCGACCAGUAUGAGCACGGGUUCAAAGCGUACAGCCCUGUAAUGGCAUUGGAUUGCACAGCGCUCGACAUAAACGAGCUGACAAUCAUGCCAAACUCCUUUUCCUAUUGCUAUGUCACCGCAGGCUGCACCGAUGGCAACACUUACGUGUGGGACACGGCGCGCGGAGAAAAACCUAUCCACGUCCUCCGACACGACCCACCCAUCGACGAGUUUCGCGGAGAUCGAGAGCGAGAAGACGUCGGUGUCAAAUUCACGGCUUGGGGAACCACCCCAGACCGCUUUUAUACGGGCUCAUCAGAUGGCGUUGUAAAGGUCUGGAACGUUCGCUCACUCAAUAGGCCGCUUGUCCGCAACAUGCUAGAAGCUCCUGCGCCUAUUACGGCCGGCAUGUUUUGCCCAGACAAGUCCAGGCUUGUUAUCGGAGAUGCUAGCGGUCGCGUUUAUAUGCUUUCCGUCGAGGAGGAGAAGAAACAGCAGCUGGCAACCUUGAAAAUCCCGCUCCCUGGAUCAGGCUACAAGCUGCUCCACCGACCGCCCUCGAUUAUCCCGCACCCCGACCCUCCCGCGCCUACGCACGAUGCUGAAGGUCGCCCGAUAGUAGCCGAGACCGGGCCGGCGUUGGGCCACAAUUACCUUGCAAGCCAGAAGCUCGAGCGGCAUCCCAACCCGACUAUUGGGGUUGUACAAGGCCCUCGAUAUGCAGAGACGGGCCUUUUUCGCCGGGACCUGCAUUUCAACGAAGACCCGAACCAACCACUGCUGGCAAGGUGGGAAGCGAUACAACAAGAAGCAGCAAAGCCGCUUAGGCCAUAUCUGAGCAAGCGGCGAGACCAGGCCAUGGCUCUUCGGCCACUGCAGGAGAUAGAGAGCUUAAGAAGAGUGCACAACAAGAAUACGGGUGUAGAUUGCGAUAUACAAGCUCUAUCCAACGUUACCCCAUUCAUCUUCGAGAGAGUUAACGAGUUCUUGAGAGAUGAUUAUCCUCUGAGAUACGAAGAGGAGUAAUAGAAGUAUUAUAUAUAUAUUCUCCUACUCCGCUAUGCCUAGCUAUUUACAAGGCGCGCCGGACCCUCUACUGCUAUGUACAAAGGAAAAACCGUACCGUUUAGGCCGGGUGAAAACC